GACCCCCCAAAAUUGCAAAAUCCAAAAACAUGAUCGCGACUUAAAAUUCUGUGCGGGUGUAUUCUGAAAGCCGAAAAGCAACAAAAUAGACGGGUAUUUUUAUUAACUAUCUGAUUGGUUAGGAGUGUAAAUGACGUCAAAAGCGUACUAUCUGGUACAACAUGUUUAUAUUCAUUCGCGAGGGGAGACCCAAUAUGUUGUGAACGACGAUGUCAGAAUUUGUUUUAAAUAUGUUAUUGUUAACACAAGCUUUUAAUUGAUAAGACAAUUUCUUAACACAUAUUGAUGCAUCUAUUAAAUUCACAUUGAUAUUCGGAUGAAUUACUUGUUUUAUGAAUACGUAAACUUUUGUGCGGAUUACUAUUGUAUUGGCGUUAUUCGGUCAGAGUGUUUCACGGAGUGAAACAGACAAGAUUGCGAGAAAAACGGAGAGAACGGAUUUUACGGACUGACCCCUUGGAAAACGACUUAUCCCUCGAGGCGAACCCUCCCGGGACAUCUGACCAUGGACAUUCUUUACGAUAGUGACCACAAACUUGGCGAUAUGGAAGAUUCACCUAUGGGAGAAAUUCUUGAUCACGAAAACUUUCAAAACCCAACUUCAUUGUUCGGUGUUAAGAUGACCAAACGUAAUCAUGAAUUCAGUGGCUGUGACCAGCUGAUUGAAGAUUGCAUCCAAUUGGACCAGAAGAGCUCAGAUGGCUACAUGGACAAUGACUGGCUGGAUAGUUUAUUUGAGGAUCCGGUUCUCAACGACAAAAUGAUAACGGACGCUGUACAGCCACCCCGGAUCCAUUCAGAACACAGUUACUCCAUUAAUGACAACAGCGUUCCAUCGUCUCCACUCGGAAUAGGAAAACUGGAAGAUUUGGACUGUGAAUUCUUUGGAAGCAAUCAAGCCUUAGACCUUACCAACAAAACAACCCCACUUUUAACACAAGAACCAGUAAUGAAAACCGAAAUGGAAGCGGUGGACCCCAUGCUUACCACUGUCACAACCAUGACAACCAGGACACUGACCAUGACUAAACAGCCAACCAUUAUUCUGGCCGCCACACCCUCACAGCUUCAUCCACAGCAUUCAGUGUCAUCACCCAUCGUUACCAUAAAAACGGAACCUGUGGACCAUUUUUCAGAUGCAAUGGAGCAAACAGUAAAUGUUGACAGCCUGAUCAUGCCCCCAACACCCCCCAGUAGUGCCUCCAGUGAUAGCGAGGGGGGACAAAGUCCACAGCCAUCAGCGCCCUCUAGUCCAAUACGACAACUGCCACUCUCACGUCAUUCACAUUCUCCCACAUCAAACAGCAAAUCAUUCUCACAGCCAUUGUUCACCAGUCCGAUUCCUCAAUCAGGCAUCCUUAUUUUAUCUGAAGAGGAGAAGCGGACUCUCAUCUCUGAAGGUUAUCCCAUACCAAAUAAACUUCCCCUCACUAAACAGGAGGAGAAAAACCUGAAGAAGAUACGUAGGAAAAUUAAAAACAAGAUCUCUGCACAGGAAAGUAGACGAAAGAAGAAGGAAUACUUAGAAGCUCUAGAAAAACGUGUGGAAGCUUUUUCUCAAGAGAACAAUGAUCUGAAAAAGAAGGUAGAUUCUCUGGAAAACAACAACAGGUCAUUGCUGGGCCAGCUACAGAAACUUCAGGCCCUGGUUGGCAAAGUCUCAAGACAUGGUGGGACUACGACACAAACGGGAACAGUGCUAAUGGUGUUGGUGUUAUGCUUUGCUGUGUUUCUGGGAAGUUGGUCUCCAUCUUCGUUUAACAUCGGCUAUUCAUCAGGCUCCGCAUCUAUGGACAGAAUGUCAGUCUUUGCUAAUCCCCGCCUCCUACAGCCCGGGAUAAAGAUGGGGCCAUCAAUACAGGAUGCUAAAGUGGACACCUACUCCACCCCAUCCAGUAAUGAAAUCUCGAGUUCUGUUGUCCCUGCGCGAGGAGGAAGACUUGACGUGGUAUCAACCAUACGGACCACUCACUCCACGAAGUCAGCAAGAAUUCUUGGAUCCUGAGAAGGACAGCACAGAAACAAAUCAAAGGGACACAAAUCCAACAGAACCUGUGGUAGUGGGACGUCUGGAAGUGGUCACCGUAGAUCAGCGAUUCCAAAAUUCCAACUGCUCCUCGAGAAAACAUGCAGACAUCCACCCGGAAAUAGCCAGUCCUAUUGGCCACGGGAAUCUGUUUGUAGAAAAAUCAGUGGACACAGAAACAGCCUGAAGCUGUCGCAGCAUUACAUAACAUGUGAAAUCGAACCUUUUAAGUGCUGCCAUUUCUGUACCAGACGAAUACUUUGGGAACUUUAUUAUCCAUUAGGUUGUUCUCGAUUUUUUCAUUUCAUUUUUUUUUUUUUGAGAGAGAUUUAGUCUGUCUCUUUUUUUCACCCCUUUUUUAAAAAUCUUUUUUUACUUUCACUUUUCUCUUUUUACGUUACAGAGAGGUUUUUGUAGAAGGACCAGGUACUCAUUAUUAGCACUGUAAAUAUGACAUCACUAUUUUCCCCAUGUGUGCAAGAGUAUGUGUGUUAAGGGAGGCAACUCUUGCUAUAUCAUUUUUGGGCAUGUUCUCGGCUUUCGAGUUACCUUUCAUGACUGCAGGGAUGCGCGUCAAGGUGCUUGUUAAUUGUUAUUGAGAUAUAUUUAUUGAUAAACAUUGAUUGUUAAUUAUGCUUUAUUAAAUCUCAUUUAAGUUAUUGCAUUAUAUGCAUCAAAGGUUUUGUGAUAAUUGGCAAAGAUAAUACAAAAAUGGGGAUUUUUGAAAGGUGAUUGUAAAAUACAAUGUAUUGCUUAGCUUUCAAACUUGAAAGUUGUAAUUUAUGAAUUUGUUAGAGAAGUGUUUUUGAUUUUUUUUUCAGUUGUUAUAUCUUGUGCAUAAUUAAUUUUGUUAUGCAAAAAAAUUUCUGAAUCAUAAACACAGAGUUCACAUCUAUUUUUGUAAUGUAAAACAGUAUUAAAAGACAAAAAUUGUAAUUGAACAUAUCCAAUGCAUUUAUGAAUUAACCAUGUAGUGUUACAAGCUUACUGAAAUUUACAUAUGCAUGAAAUGUAUAUUUGUUUCCUUUUUAUUCGGAUAUUUUACAAUGAUAUGAGAUGCAUUCAUAUAGAAAAUGGGUGGCCAAUUGUAUUCAAUGAUCACUGGUAUCAAUUUUAUUUAUGUCUUGUUUUUCUUUAAACUUUUAUCAUAAUUUUUAAUGACCCUAGUCAUUGAUUGUAUAUAGAAUAUUUAUUGUUGGUUUUGACAAGAUCUCCAUAUCGGUUACAAAAAUGAAUUCUGGCCCCAUUACAUAAGUUCAUUUUGAAAGUUGUCAACCUUACUAGUAUCAUAUUCUAUUUCUUGUCAAAACUGACAGUGGAUGUGACAGAACCCCACUGUCAAAUAUCUGGUUGUGGGUUCAGCCAAAUAUCAUUACUUCGAGCAAAAAGACGUUCUAGACUAGCUCUUCACUAUGCCAGGGGUAGGUAACUCCUGUGUGUUGGGAAGAGAUCUUUGGGCAUAAUCUAUGUAUAUAAAAUGCAAACAUGUCAUGCAAUACAAUAUAAAAUCACAUAUAUCAAUAAAAAUAUAUAAAGAGCAUUGAAGAAUGUUUUA